GGGCAGUGGCUUCAUCAGAUGUUACUGAGCAUGCUCGGUUCUUGCGCAUGCUCAGUGCACACCCCAAGCCGCCCAUCCCCGUGGGGAGCCGUGUGCUGCCCCGGCCCGUGGCGAGGCGGCGCCGGGACCCUGCCCAGCCCGGAGCGGGAGCGGAGCUCGGCCGGGCCGGGCCCGCUGGAGAAGCCCCGCCCGCCUCCCCGGGGGGGCCAUGGCCGAGCGGGCCGCUGCCCAGGUCAGUGAGAGAAGCUCGUGAUCAGACUACAGAGUGUUCUCUGGGGACGGUGAUGGCAGCAGUUCAAGCAGUGGAGAGGAAAGUUAAGUCAUACACCAUGCGAUUGCUGAAUCUGGAGAGGAGACUGGGGAGUGCUGAGAAGAAACUAAUAGGUUGCGAGAAAACAGCAGUGGAGUUUGAUAUCAAGCUGGAGAGUAAGUGGGCCAUGUUGGGAACUGUGAUCCAGGAGAAUAAUCUGUUGCAGAAGAGGCUGGAGAACUUGGAGAACCUGCUGAAGAACAGGAACUUCUGGAUCCUGCGACUCCCCCCAGGCACUAAGGGGGAGGUGCCCAAGGUGCCGGUGACGUUUGAUGACGUCUCCGUCUAUUUCAACGAGCAGGAGUGGGCGAACUUAGAGGAAUGGCAGAAAGAGCUUUACAAGAACGUGAUGAAAGAGAAUUAUGAGACCCUGAUCUCCCUGGAUUAUGCUGUUUCCAAACCUGACAUCCUGUCUCAGAUUGAGCGAGGGGAAGAGCCCUACCUAAGGGAUCAGCCAGGAUCUCAGGAUAGAUCGGGAGAAAAAGAUCAGAGUGAAGAGGGAUCAGAGGACAAUGAAGCCCCUAUAGACAGCUGCCCAGAAUCUCCUGUUUCUAUCAUGGAUAUUUUAUCGUGGGUUAUACAAGAGGAGGAGCCCUGUGAGAACAAUCAGCCGGGUCUGGAGGGGAGACCGAGCCCUACAGAUCGCAGCACUGGGCGAAAUUCAUCCCCUGUGCAGAGGACCAGCACAAGACCUGUGCACAGCUUAACCUGCGCUGCCCGUGUGCACAUCCUCUGGGACUGUCACCCUCUGUUUUGCACAGCUGAUACAAAGACACAGUCCCUGCUCCAGAGAGCACUUUACAAUCUCCUUGCAGGAGAUGGCCAGUUAAUGACAAAAGAAACCAGGUUUGAUGGAGAUUGUGAACCUGAAAAUCUGGAGGCAGAGGGGGAAUUACCAGGAAGACCCAGAGAGAAGGCCCUCCAGACCUUGGCUGAGGCUGAGAGCCAGCUGUGCUCUAAGGUGCAGCAGACAAACCCUGAGAAGAAAAGGUUGUGUGACUCCACUGAAGAUGAGAGUGGCUUAAAGACGCUGAGUGUCUGCCCGCGGAACCGCCCGAGGGACAGACUGCACCCUUGUACAGAGUGUGGGAAGAGCUUUCGGCUGAAGAUAAACCUUAUCAUUCACCAGAGGAGCCAUGCAAACGAGGGGCCGUACGAGUGUCCUGAGUGUGACAUCAGCUUCGCUUCCAAGCAGCAUCUUGCUCUGCACCAGAGGAUCCACACAGGAGAGAGAGCCCCGGCACCUGGACUUGGGGAAAGCAGCGAUCUGGUGCCGAGACUCUGCCCAGGAAUGGAGGCCAAGGGAACCGCCCGCAGAAGCACAAGAAGCAAAUCCAGCACCGGGGAGCACCAGCCGAGCCACACCGAUGAGAGGCUGUACACGUGCCGCCAGUGUAAGAAACACUUCUCUCAGGAGAUAGAUCUAAUGAGGCACCAGAAGACUCACAGCAAGAUCUUCCCAACGUGCACCGUGUGCUGGAAGACGUUCACCUGCUCCUACAGCCUCCGCAGGCACCAGAUGGUCCAUUCUGGAGAGAGGCCGUAUCACUGCCCUGACUGCGAGAGACGCUUCGCCCGCAAAAUGAACCUCUUGCGGCACCAGAGGGUCCAUGCCAGGGAAAUGAUCCUGAGGAUGCGGCGAAUGCACCAACAGAUCGCCCAGCAUCCGCCGCCCUCUGAAGCACCGGGGCAGCUCCUGCAGGGAGAAGCUGCCAGCUGCCAGUCCACAGAAGCCUUCACUACUCACCAGACAACACACCCAGGAGAGACCACCGGUCAUGUGCAGGUUGUUGGGAGCCCCAAGCACAUGCUGCGGGGGAAGGCGGGGCCGGCCCGUGGCGAGGCGGCGCCGGGACCCUGCCCAGCCCGGAGCGGGAGCGGAGCUCGGCCGGGCCGGGCCCGCUGGAGAAGCCCCGCCCGCCUCCCGGGGCCAUGGCCGAGCGGGCCGCUGCCCAGGUCCGGCUCCUGGAAACGCUUCCAGACUUGCACCACUUCUGCCCUGGGAGGAGUCCCCCUGGCUUCGGGCAGCCUGCUCCCACCUGGGGCACUGCUUGGGCAGGUGUCUGCCGCAUUGAUUCCCUACCACGCUCUGGAAUGGGAUGCAGAGUCACAGCGCCUGAUGUCUUCCCAGCCUGAACGAACAUCUGUGCAAACAGCAGAGAUUUCGAUGUGGACCCUAGUGGCUGCCAUCCAAGCUGUGGAGAGGAAGGUGGAUUCGUUUGCUACACGGUUGCUGAGUCUGGAGGGGAGAACUGGGAUGGCUGAGAAGAAAAUAUUCGAGUGUGAGAAAACAGAGUUGGAGUUUGGAAACCAGCUGGAGAGUAAGUGGACUGUGCUGGGAACUCUGAUCCAGGAGUACGGGCUGCUGCAGAGGAGGCUGGAGAACAUGGAGAACAUGCUGAAGAACAGGAACUUCUGGAUCCUGAGGCUUCCUCCUGGUAUUAAUGGAGAAGUCCCCAAGGUGCCGGUGAUGUUUGAGGACAGCGCUGUCUUCUCUCAGGAGGAGUGGGAGAACUUAGAAGACUGGCAGAAGGAGCUGUACAAGAAUGUGAUGAAGGGGAAUUAUGAAUAUAUGAUCUCACUGGACUAUGCAAUUUCCAAACCUGACAUCCUGUCCCGAACUGAGCGAGGAGAAGAGCCGUGUGUGAGGGGUCAGCGGGAGUCGGAGGAAAGAGAAACCACUGCAGAUCCCAGCACAGCGGCUGCGAUUCCUACCCUCGAACUCUCCGCUCAGAUUAAACAAGAGCAAGAGCCAGUUGCCGAGGAGCAGCAGGAUGCAGAAGAAAGAGAAGCCCCUACAGAGCCCAUGGCAGAUGACACCUGGCUCGCCAGCCAUGAGAAGAACAAGGAGCAAGAUUCACAGGAGCUGGAGCUGCACUGGACUGCGGCUCAGAGACCGGAAGAGAAUAUUUACCAUAGUGCCGAGCACGGCCUUCCCUCCAAUGGUCCAAACACAACCCUGGCAGUACAUAUGCCAGAGAAACCCACCCAGCACGAGAGAGACUUCAGCCCCUUGAAAGCCAGCACCGUGUGCCCGGGGGCCCCCGUGACGGAGCGGCCCUAUCUCUGCCCCGAGUGCGGGAAGUGCUUCAGCCGCAGGGAGCACUUCGUGCAACACCAGCGCACCCACACGGGCGAGCGCUCCUACGUGUGCCCCGAGUGUGGCAAGGGCUUCACGCAGCAGUCCAACCUCACCAACCACUACCGCACCCACACCGGCGAGCGCGCCCACGUGUGCCCCGAGUGCGGCAAGGGCUUCAUCCACCAGUCCACGCUCACCACCCACCUCCGCACCCACACCGGCGAGAAGCCCUACAAGUGCAGCGUCUGCGCCAAGUGCUUCAGCCGCCUCUCCACCCUGCUGGAGCACCAGCGCACCCACACCGGCGAGAAGCCCUACAAGUGCCUGGAGUGCGAGAAACGCUUCAGCCGCCUCUCCACACUGGUGGAGCACCGGCGCACGCACACUGGCGAGAAGCCGUACAAGUGCGCCCAGUGCGAGAAGAGUUUCACCCGCCUCACCAACCUGACCGUGCACCAGAACACCCACGCCGGCGAGCGCGCCUACAAGUGCACCCAGUGCGGCAAGAGCUUCGCCCAGAAGCCCUACUUCCUCAAGCACCUGCGCAACCACACCAAGGAGAAGCUCUACAAGUGCCUGGAGUGCGGCAAGAGCUUCGUCUGCCACUCCUGGCUGGUGCGCCACCAGAUGAUCCACACGGGCGAGCGGCCCUACCAGUGCGGCGACUGCGGGAAGAGCUUUGUGCAGAAGGAGCACCUCUUGAAGCACCAGCGCGUCCACACGGGCGAGCGGCCCUUCCAGUGCUCCGCCUGUGCCAAGAGCUUCCGCUGCCAGCAGUCCCUGAGGCUGCACCAGUGCGCGCACGCCGGCCAGCAGGGCGGCACACCGGCCGCGGUGGGGGCCGAGUUCAAGAACCAGCAGCUGUACAUGAAAAUGGAAAAUACUGGGUAGUAGGGGGUCGAGCCCUGCGUUGGGAGCUGCACGGGGAGAGCCUCCCCCCGAGACUAGCCAGAUCCGCCCCAUGUGAAACACUGCAGUGAAUCCCACGCCCUCUCUGCAUGCCAGAUGGGAGGGGAGCGCUCGACGCGAGGGAUGGUGACGCAAGACCGUAUUGAAUGUGAGCUGCAAGCAGCCGUUACGUGCCGCGCCUGGGGAAGAGACCCCACGACGGACUGAACAAUGCGUUGGAAGCGUCUAAGUGGCCGCAGCUGUUUUGUUUGUACGAACAGUCUCCUGAGCGCUGGCACCGCCGGCGGGAACGUCGCCAGCAGGCUCUGCUCUGCAGGGAUGGGCAGUGCAGGCCUACGAGCUGCUGUCACGUGAACGACUUCCUGCCGCGACUGAAGAAGUGGAGCAGAGGCUGUUGGGAGUGAGCGUCGGCAGGCGUGCUGGGUUAACAGUACUUUGUCCUCCAGGGUGCUACAGACAAAUGCACUCUGCUUGCCUGUGCUGCACGGCUUCCCGCAGUCAGUACGGCUGGGGGCUCGGAGGUGCGGUGAGGCUGAGAAGUGCCUGCAUUUGCACUGCAAGCCAGGGGCAGAGCCAGGUCUACACUACAGGCCGCCUAUGCUCUUACCACUCGGCCUCACCACCUUCAGCCCUCCUGAAAUGGAAGCCGAGCUCCACCCUGGCGGAUGAGAGCAGGAAUGCAGCGUCCGGCUCGCCUGUCUGUGGAAGCGAUUGGCAAACUCGAAGCAGUGAUUUCUGGUCUAUUGGUGACUGGUUCUGUUUGUGACACUCCGGCUUCCCACUGCAGCUGGUGGGGGGGUGGUACCCUCCAAUACCUUGGAGCAGCAGCAAAAGAUAAAGUUAAGCUGGGUGCAGGGUGGUCAAAGCGUGAGUGUCAGUGAGGUGUGAUGAUCUGCCGCAGGAAGGCCGACUCUAGGCGUAUUUCACUUUAAAGGUCAAAACACGUAAUUCAGAAGUUAAAAGGGCUAGGGAGGAAUUGGAGCCAAGCUCAAUUCCGAUGACCAUCGCCUGACCUAGGAGUAGUGUGGGUGCUCGUGAGAACGCUCCAGAGCAGGCAUUGCAUCUGCCACAGCAGCGCUAACUGCAACGGAGCGUCCGGUAGGGGGUUCAGCCCUCCCCCGCUAAUCACGCAGCAGAUCUGCUCUGGCUACGAGCUAUUUACCUUCCCAAUAGCCGCCUGCAGGCCUCCCUCAAAUGAGACCUGCAGCUACAAGCUCUGGAAGCUUUCAGGCCUGUCUACACAGCUGGGUUUGUUUGUUUUUGGGGGCCUUGGCUCCCUGAGGAGAUGACAGGUAACAGUUCCCUGCAGAGCAGCUGUGAUCAUACCUGUGUUUGCAGGUCUGCCAUGGGCCUAGCUGGGGUUUGAUCAGUGCAUUCUGGGCUGCUGUUCUGUAGUGCUUCAGUGGAGCUAGAGCACCCAAAGCACAGGAUGUUGGGAACCGUUCGGAAAGGGAUAGUUAAGGCAGAAACUCUCAAAAUGACGCGCUACAAAUCCAUGGUGCAGCCACACCGUGAAUAGUGAGUGCAGUCCUGGCCACUGCCUCUCACAAAAGACACAUUAGAAUUGGAGAAGAUACAGAGAAGGGUAACCAAAAUGAUUAGGGGUAUGGAACGGCUUCCAUAAGAGGAGAGAUUAAAAAGACUGGGACUUUUCAGCUUGGAAAAGAGACGGCUAAGGAGGGAUA